ACUAAUUAUUAUUAUCAUCAUAAUCAUCAUCACCACCAACCGUAACCGUCAUCAUCAUGGCUACCUCCCUCGAGUCCUCCGUCCAGUACGAGCGCGACCUCCGCAGCUCCCACAAGGAAUGGAAGCGCAGCAAGGACUCAUCUACAAAGUGGGCCUCGGGCACUCGCGAACUCCCCGGCGUCAAGAAGAACUGGAUGACGGGUGAGCUGCUUGGCAGUGGGCACCCCAAUCAGCUGAUCAAGUCGCGACCAGCGAGGAAAGUGCGGGAUUCUAGCUGCGAUUACCCCAAACAGUCCUCCCGCAACCUCUACAAGCUCCGCCACGGCGGUGGCGCUGGCCGCUCCAACAACAUUGGCUACCACUCCAUCAACUUCCCCAAGCUCUUUGCGCACAAGGACAUCCGCUACGAUGACCGCGAGGAUUACUCCGCCGCCCCAAACCCCCCAUCACCAUCUCUCCUCCCCAAAAACCUCUUCUCAUCAGUAACAGCAGCAGAGGAUAACUUCCUCUACUCGUUCGACCAAGACUCCACACCCGGAUUCAGUCGGACCCCUUUGACUUUGGAAAACUUUGUCAAGACGGAUGACCGCAAGACGGAGAAGUUUGUCGAGAAGGAGUACGAGAUUCUGGAUGCGAAUGGAGAGGCGUUGAAGGGGCGGAAGGCGAAGAGAAGGGGUUUGAGGGGCGGUGCUGCUGCGGGAAGCUCGCAGCAGGAGGAUGAGGAUAGAGUUGAAGAGGAUGACGGGUUUGAGCUGAUUUGAUGUCGUCAACAUCUCAAUCCUCUCUUCUUCUGCGUUUCCCUACAUGCUUCGAUUUUCCCUUCCUGGCAUU